ACUAUGCCCCCGACUCUUCUGGCUAAAAGAGCUUAUACACCACCCCAGGGCUAUGAAAAUGUAGAUGGAAAUGACAAAAAGGUGGAAAAAUUUAAUGAAUUGAACGCGGCGCUGGAAGCUUCUCAAAACGAUGUCUUCACCCGUGUCACGCAGUCUCGAAGUACAGAGGACACUCCUGUAGAGCCUAACCGCAUGACCAGAGACGAGUGGAUGGAAGUUGUCGACGGAGCUUACGGUUUACACUCAAGAAAGAAAGGAAGAGUGCCUCUGUCAAGUACUAGAGUUAAGACACUCACCACCACCAAUAAGCCUAGCAGCCAAUCUGUGACAUCGACGCGACACGGUGACACGUCAUAUGUCGUGGGUAAGAUUGGAAAAUACUUGAUGAAGAAUGUUGAAAUUCCAUUGGCUUUAAGUUUUCUUCCCACUAUUAAGCACGAGUUAAGUGGUGUACAAACGACUUGGGAUGUCGUUCAGCGACUCAUCGAUUCUCAACCCGUAAAGGACUUGCUUCCGCAGUCUAUAUACGCGGAUAUUAUGGUGUUGGCAUUUGAUGAGCAUGCAGCUGCAAGUGGUGGAGAGGCUAGAGGAGGUACUGCAAAUAUCCCCCAUUACGCUCAAUUCAGUCAACUCGACUCUUGGGACUACCAAGGUCGUGGUCUAGCCAACUCGUCGAGUGGACAUCUCGCUGGGUUGACUCGAGUGACGGUACUUGUUGGUCCUCUCGUUAAAGACGACUCGCCACAAGCUUACUCAACUAGUUAA